GUAAUCAACGAUCACAAACACCUUUAAUAAUUGUAAAUAGUUGAUCAAUGGCUGUGGAAAGUUCGUGGAUAAGAUGGACCGCCAAUGCAGUGCUAUCAGCCUGUCUUGUUCUCGUGGUUCUCGCUAUUUGCUAUGUUGUGAUGUGGUUGAGAAAGAAACUGAUGUUAUUGCAACCAUUGAAGGAAAAUUGUCCUGGUCCUAAACCAGUCUUUCUUUUUGGAAACGCUUUACAACUAAAGAACGAUUCAGCAGAAUUCUAUGACCAAUGCAUUCAGUGGUCCAACGAAAAUUGGAGCAAAGGCUUUUUUUGUGUAUGGCAUACCUCAUUUAGAGUCGUAGUUACGAUAUUCAAGCCUGAACUUGUGGAGAUCUUUCUGGGUAGCAACCGUCAAAUUAAUAAGUCAUUUGAGUAUGGAAUGUUGCGACCAUGGUUAGGAACUGUACCGGAGAAAAGUGGAGGAAGCGGCGCAGACUGAUAACYCCAACAUUUCAUUUCAARAUCCUGAAUGAUUUUAUUCAAGUGUUUGAAGAAAAGUCUAAAGAACUCGUUUCCAUA